AUGGAGAUCGGGGAUGCGAAGCUUCUGUGGUCUCAGUGGCUAGGUAUCGUGAACCAGCGUGUCAAUGUGUUCCACUCCAAGUCGCUUGGUGUUUCUGUUGCUUUUGAGAGCACUACAGGCAGCCUCUUCUCAAUCUUGCACGAUGCUGACUUUUUCCUCACCAAGCCUGUGGGCCCUCUUGCUCCUGCUCUCAACGAUCAUGCUUGGAUUGACCAGGGCUUCCAGGGUGCUUAUCUCGAUAUUGCUGAGCCUACUUUUGCCCAAGUGAAAAAAGCGAUGAAGGACUACAAUGAAACUCGCGUCUCCAUCGUAGGCCAUUCUCUCGGCGCAGCCAUGGCACUUUUGGCAGCCAUGGACUACGACCACCGUCUCAAGCAUGGCGUGCACCACUGCUUUGCCUUUGGUCUUCCACGCACAGGCAAUGCUGCCUUUGCCAAGCAAGUGGAUGACCAACUUCUUGGCAAGUUUUAUUAUGUGGUCAACGGCAAAGAUUGGGUUCCACACAUGCCAUCGCGUGAGUGGGGCUACCAGCACCCUUCUGGCCAGAUUUGGAUCAAUCCUCCAAACACCGCGCACUGGGCCUUCUACCCUGGACAGGAAAACCACUACGGCGCCAACUCAGUGGAGCCUAUCUGGACCUUUGAAGACCAUCACGGCGUUUACUUCCACACUGGCUUGGGUCACGGCCCAGGAAAGUGUCCCGCAGAAGUGAAUGCAGCUUAG